AUUGUUUAUUUUUUUCUUUUUGAUUUUGAUUUAGUAAAUUAAUUAUUCCAAUUUGCUGAAUAUUAUAAACAAUUAGAAUGGAAUUGUUGGAGUUAAUAUAAAUUGUUCACCUUUUUCACAAUUUAAUUGGAGUGAAAGUAAAUUGUUCUCCUGAGAUUAUAAUUGAAUUGUUUUCGCUUUCAGUUGAUAUUCAAUUCACUUGACAACAAAAAUCUCUUUUCAUUUGCUUUUGAUUAUUUGUUGAACCUUAAUUUCUGUGGGGGGGUUAAUCUAAUUGUUGCAGUUAUUGUUUGUGACUGUAAUUAUUUUCAUCAUAAUCGACGAGAUUGUUUGAUUCAUGGUAAAGAAUCAAAGUUUUGUGAAAAUUUUCUUCUCCGAACAUUAUGGUUACGGUGAACUUGAUUUCACAUUGAAUUCGAAUCUCACUUAUUCUCUUUUUCUAUCUUACUAAUUUUCUCUCUGUGACUCAUAUUACAAUAUGACUGUUUUUACAAUGGAUUUUUGCAAGUUGUUCUAAAUAGGUUUUCAAGAGGAGCAAGUGGACAUCGACACAGCAAUUCCAAGACGGAAAACUGCAAUUGUUUCGUUUGUUUACUCUUUGGCACUGAGUCGGGACACGCAUCAAUGGAUUGUAUCAUUAACGUUGAAAAGGAGGUGGAUAACGUGGUUACCAAAUUCGCCUCCGUAAAUGACAAAACUGACCAAAUACUUGUAGACCUAAUCACAAAUUUGCAAAAUUUGCAAAGAGAUUUGAUUAUUCUGAGCACUUCAAAUCAAUGUGAACUUUCGGGCAUUCAGACCGUGAUAAUUAAUCAAAAUAUUAUUAAAAUUCGAGACACUAUUUCUCAAGUGGCAAUGAACCAUCGUGAGAUUCAUGGAGCUGUAUCUAAAGUGGGCAAAGUUCUUGACAAAAAUUUCAUCUCAAAUUAUUCCCACUUAACUUCGGACACAUUUAAACAAGGAGGUCUUAAUCCUCUUCUGUUAAAUCAAGCAAUUAUUGAACAUUUUCUUCGUCAGGGUAUGCUCGAGAUUGGAGAAGAGCUGAUGCGAGAAGCGAAAAUCUCUGUUCCCGAAGAGAAGAAACAUCCUUUCUCCGAAUUGAAUGAUAUCCUGGAUGGAUUAAAGAAACAUAAUGUUAAACCAGCUCUUGAAUGGAUUAGAGCCAAUAAGGAUAGAUUAGGCGAUCGACACAGUCAACUAGAAUUUAAGUUACAUCGGCUUCAAUUUAUCGAUUAUCUUCAACAGGGUGUUCACAAGCAAAAAGAAAUGAUUGAAUAUGCUCGAAGAAAUUUCCAAACUUUUGCCGACCGUCAUGAAAAAGAAAUGCAAUCUCUCAUGGGAAGUCUGGUUUUCCUUAAAUCGGGUAUCGCCCAAUCGCCUUACAGCCAUUUAUUGGAUCCAAUAAAUUGGAACGAAAUCUGUGAUAUAUUUACCCGAGAUGCUUGUUCGCUUCUCGGUAUGUCGGUUGAAAGUCCAUUAAGUGUAACCUUUAAUGCGGGUACAAUUGCUUUACCCGCUUUGUUAAAUCUUCGUCAAGUUAUGCUUCAAAGCUCCGUUCCAAGUGUUUGGACCACGAAAGAUGAGCUACCAAUUCCUAUCGAUUUGGGGAAAAAUUCUCAAUACCAUUCGAUUUUCGCCUGUCCCAUUCUUCGGCAACAAAGCAAUGAUUCUAAUCCGCCGAUGAAACUAAUUUGCGGCCAUGUAAUAUCUCGAGAUGCUCUCAACAAAUUAACCAUUGGAAAUAAACUCAAAUGUCCUUACUGUCCAAUUGAACAAAAUCCUACUGAGGCACGACAAAUACAGUUUUAAUCAAUUGGAACAAACAAAUUCAACCAAAUCAACAAAAUUAAGUUAACCAACUUAUAAAGGAUAAAUUAAUCCAGCACAAGUUGCUAAUCACCAAAAUCAAACCAACUUUUCACAAACGUCAAAAAACACACACACACAAAUCUACCUGUUUCAUCAUAAAUCUAAAACAUCAAUGAAAUCAUUCAUCUUUUUUUAUGUGAUAAUAUUAUGAUUUGAUUAAUUAAUCACAAACUAUUAAUUUCUUGUUGUCAUGUUUCCUGUUGAUUAUUUAACUACAUAAUGUUGCUCCUUUCAUCUUCAACACACUGAACUUUUUUUCUUAUUCUCAUCAUCACCAAUUUGGAUCACAAAGAGCUUAUUAAUUGAUCCUAUCAGACCUAAAAUUGAUUAUUACUAAUCAACAAUUAAAUUCAAGUGGUUCACACAUUCACGUAGGUAAUUAAAAACUAGCUACCGAUUAACUGAUUAACCAAAAUAAUUUCUCAAUCAUCUAAAAUCUUGUAAGAUUUUCCCUCCAAAUAUUAUGUUUAUUAUCAUAAUUUUAUUCACCCUUUUGUUUUCACAUAUCGUCUUAAAUAUGAUCUUAACCUUAGCCCACCUUAAUUCCAAUCAAUUGGAAUCUUUAUCAAUCUUUAAUAUUAAUUAAUUUACUAAUUUCAAGGAACAUAAUUAUCAUCAUUACCAAACUAUCAACAUGGUUACCAGAUAAUCAUAUUCAUACAUUUCGAUUAAUCUGUGGCAUUUAAAUUUACGGUGAUUGAUGUAAAUCAAUCAACAUCAUUCAUCUUAAUUCUCAUCAACCAUAUAAACUCAAUCAUCAUCUUUAAUCAUCUUUAAUCAUGAUUAGUUAUGCCAACAGCAAUACAACUUUUUCGUUUUUUUGCUUUUUUUCAUUCAUCUUUUUGUGACUUGACCAAAUUUUGGUCAAUUGAAAACGAUUCAUUGUCAAAGGCAUUCAGUUCAUCAAUUGGAAGCUUCAAAACUAUCUGUAAAUAAAUUAAUUCAAAUUCAACAAUCA